AUGACAAAACGUAACAAAACAAAAGCAACUCUUCUUUCUUGUGGUUCUCUUAUUCCUAACUUGCAUUACGGGCCAUUUUCACGAGAUUGGUGGUAUACUACCACAAUUGAAAAUGAAGUUCUGUUGGUUCCGAUUCGUUUGGGAAUGACUAUUACCACCACUCUUAACGAGCAAAAGUUUAUUCUACACGUUGUUCAAGGUCACUCAAGACACUCACAACAGCCUGGUUAUUGUUGUCAAGCUGGAGUACUGUCUAGUAAUGUUGAAGAAUCUUGUAGUGCUGCAUUAACUUUUUUAUAUCAACGUAUUUUUCAAACUAAAACAAAAGUUUCAGGACCACAAGAGUUAGGUUUUGACGAUGAAAAAACAGCAAGCAAGACUUUGCAUCAUCAUUCAUAUAUUCAUAUUGCAAAAAAAGAAGAGAUAACCUAUAGAUGUUUGGAAAAAAAUGGGUAUUCUGCAAAAGUAGAUGGUUUUGUACUCUUUGGUUUAAAGGAUGAUUAUACCAAAAAGAGAUUAGAAUCAAGUGAAUUACUGACAUGCCGACCCACCGAUUGGACAAAUGAUGAGAUAAUGAAUGCAUUAUACCCAUAUUAUUUGAAAAAGCGUACAUUAGCAAAUAUUAAUUGGCAAAGUAUAUUUUUACAAUGGGUUAAAAAAGGAAGUGGAAUUAUAGAAAUUUGGUCAGUUCUUCAAAAAAUUUAUCCCGAGAAUCAUAUAUUUAAUGAACGAGAAAGGAGAGCAUGGCAAGCAUUUCUCAGAGCUGCAGGAUGUACCAAUAUUACACCAUUCGGAAUUGACAAAUCUAAGUAUGAAUUUUGGAUGAAAGAAAUCAAUCCUUUACAUUAUCAAGAAAUAUUAUAUACUCUAUCUGAGCAUGGAUUCUUACGAACAACACCAUUUGUUGACUCAUCUAAACCAUGUAAUAAUUUUACAGAACGAUUAGCUGAUUGUUUAAUAGAAUCAUAUGAAGCAAAUAAAAAGGUGUUGAAGGCAAAAGAAGAAUUUUUUUCAGAUGUCACUCGAACUAUUCAAGAGGCAAGAAAGUUUGCACGUAUUAAUGAACCGGGUUGUUCUAUAAUUGAAAAACCAGUUUUUCAUCGUACACGAUUUUCUGAAGAAGCAAAAAAUCAAUUUGAAAUUUUUUUUUCAGAUAAAUCCAUCGUUAAUAUGAGUUCAUAUAAAGUUGAUCCACAAACCAAAUUACCAGUACUUUAUCUAAAAGAUAGUAAAACAGCUUUAUUGGAAAAAUUUUCAGAAACCUAUUCAGGUGGUUUUAAACGAACAACAUUUAUGACAGAAUUGGCACAAGGACGUUUUCAGUAUCAUGAAGAUCUUGAUGAUUUACUUGAAUUAAUUUCCGUACAAAUAAAAGAUCUCAAAUAUCAGUCUAUUUUGAUUGAUAAGGUUGAAAAGAUUAGAAAACAUAUGAAACGUGAUUAUGAAAAAGAAAUAUCAAUAAAUACCAAUGGACAAGUAAAUCAUGAUCCCUGUAUUUCGCACUGUCUAGCAUAUGCUUUUGGCAUUUGCGAAAAUAUACAUGUUAGCAUUUGUGAAAAAUGUAACGAAUUAUGGAUGCUUUUUAGACAAUUACAAUUUGAUCUUGAUGAGUCAUGUUCUGUAAUGUUAAAUGAAGCUCUCAAACAAAAAAUUAAUAAACCCGAACCAACUUGUACACCACAUUCUACACCUAAAGUAUUGUGGAAUAUUCCAAUUCCAGAUUCUUCAAUACAUUUGAAUCCCAAACGUAUGCGAUUAUCUGAAAUUCAAAAUGAACUAAUACAGAGAGAUGUGUUGUUUGAAGGCAAUCAAAAUCGAACAGAAUUAUCAAUACUUUUACAAAAAAACUUGGAUGAAAAAAGAAAUGCAGGUAGUUUUCGAAAUCUUUAUCCUUCGUCAUCACAAAAUAAUACUUUUAAUUUGUUGGAUGUAUUAAAUUCUUCAUAUUCAAC